AUGGGGACUGUAUUAGAUGACGCCAAACGGCGUGGAGGUCACAGAAUGAGUGCCAGUAUGAAAGUCUCUUCGGUACAGCGGCCAUUUCCCGAUCGGCUUCCCGAACGUUUCAAGGACGACGCAGAUGCCCAAGUGGAUUUCACAGCUCCACCCCAGGGAAUGGUCUCUCGAGAUGGAAACAUGCACUAUAUGCAACAGUCGUUAUUUUCCAUGAUCGCCGCUGUGGGCUCUCGCUCCGACUUUCGGGCGCGGUUUGAAGAUUCGAGCGACGACGAAUCGGACGAGAAACGAAAAGAAAACCGGUCGGACCCUAUAACUCGAGAAUCCUCAUCACAUCACAAUACUAGUGGGCAGUAUGGAUUAAAUCCACGAGAUGAAACGGAAGAACGAGGUCGUCGCCAUCGCAAAACAAUAUCGGAGAAUAAAGCGGUGCGCAAGCUACCUUCCCUAAGUUCAAAGGAUGAGGAGAAGGAAAUGUCAACCCCCAGCGGCUCAGUACUCACCCUACCUCUGAGGCGAGCUCGUAGUGCUACGCCACGAGCAGCCCCCGUUCUUUCACGGAUGGUGCAGGCACAGAAUCGAUUCGACACGGCAACUGAGCCUGAAAAUCCACCGUCGAGACCGGAAACCCCCAGUCAAGAGCGACCGCAAACUGCAGGCUCUGCCCUCUCCUCACGACUAAUGGAGAUGUUUGGUUUUGAAAGACCGGAAAAAGUCUUGGUCGAAUAUGCAUGUGCAUUGCUGCAAAGUAUGCUUCUCCAAGGCUACAUGUACGUCACAGAAGGACAUAUCUGCUUCUAUGCAUAUUUGCCCAAAAAGUCCAGCGUCGCCAUCAAAUCAGGCUAUGUUUCGAAGCGUGGACGGAAAAAUCCGAAGUAUAACCGGUACUGGUUUGUUCUGAGGGGUGAUGUGCUGUCAUACUAUGCCGAUCCCUCCAAUCUGUACUUCCCCAGUGGCCAUGUGGAUCUUCGAUAUGGGAUCUCCGCAUCCCUUGCAGAGCCGAAAAUCCAAGGCGCUGAAGUGAAGGACUUCCAAGUCAGCACGGACCAGCGAACAAUUUACUUCCGUGCAGAUAGUGCCACGAGCGCAAAAGAGUGGGUGAAGGCACUUCAGAAGGUUAUCUUCAGGUCUCACAACGAGGGAGAUAGCGUCAAAGUAUCAUUCCCCAUCAAGAAUGUGAUUGACCUGGAAGAGAGCCCUAUGGCGGAAUUUGCUGAGACCUUCAAAAUCCGAGUUGUGGACAGUAAUGAGGAUUUCGCCAUUGAUGAAUACUUUUUCUCUUUCUUCAACUCAGGCCAGGAGGCCUUGGAUUAUUUAAAGAGUCUAGUGGGCUCAUCUCCUGCAAGGGAUCUGUCAGAAGAUUCGCGAGAUGUUAAAUCUGAGAAAAUCCAGCCUGAUGCAACUGUCUCGGAUCUCAGGAGAUCGUCGGAUAGCCAGAUCCCGAAGCAAGAUCAGACAUCGCGCGAGCGGAGUACAAGUAUCGCCGAUUCAUUUGCCCAUUCUGCGGACCAGGGGACAGAUUCGUCGCAUGUCGUACAUUCUAUGACCGAAACAACUGAAUCAGCAAGUCAAAUUCUCAACCGGAGUGAUGUUUUCCAAUCACCAACCAUGCGGUCCCUACCAAGACGCUCAUCUGAUGCUGGGGAUAUUGCCCAGCGGCGAUCUGAUGAUACGGCUCGCUCAACAUCUGCUCGGUUAGGUUCGGCGACACGCCGAGAUAUGACCAACGCUCCAAAUCAGAGGUUGACACAGCGCCCACCAGCAAACGUUCCACUGAACGAUCUUGUCAAGGCUGGAUCGUACCCCCUCCAACGCGCUGCUGGAUUUGCGGAAUAUCUGAAAAGCAGAUCCCGGCAGAUGAGUAGCUUGCUGGCAACUGAAUCCAUGGGCUACAUCGAAAAGGUAUCUGGCAUGUGGAUUGGUGGACAGAGGCAUUAUGGCGAGACUGAAGGCGUGAUACCAAGGGAUCAAACGAUGGACCCCAAAGAGGAGGAAACAGAUGCUAACCAUGGUGACCGGUUCCGUGCUCAUUUCGCUCUCCCAUCGACCGAGAGACUGCAAGCAACAUAUUAUGCUUAUCUACAUCGAAUGCUACCCCUCUACGGCAAGAUUUAUGUCAGUGAGAGGAAACUCUGCUUUCGCAGUUUGAUCCCUGGCACUCGCACCAAAAUGAUCUUGCCUCUGAAGGACAUUGAGAACGUGGAGAAAGAGCACGGUUUUCGAUUUGGCUACCACGGACUAGUUGUCAUCAUUCGUGGCCAUGAAGAGCUCUUCUUUGAAUUCAAUGCCUCUGAUGGGAGAGAUGACUGUGCAGUCACACUCCAUCAGAACCUGGAGUCGGUCAAAUUCCUGAUGGAGUCAGGCCUAUUGGCAGAGGAGGAGCGUGAGGAAGUCGAGGCAGCGAAGACUGAACAUCAAAUGCUUCAAGAGGCUCGACUUGACAACCCUGAGGAGCAUGAAGUGCAUCCAAUGCUCCAUGAGGGCUCGUCUGAAAUUCAUCCGUUCUUCGAUGACCCCCGUGCUUCCAUCAUCAACUUCAAGCCCCCUCAGCCCCUGAAGAUUACCUGCCUGACUAUCGGAUCCCGGGGUGAUGUACAGCCCUACAUUGCUUUGUGUAAGGGGCUUAUUGCUGAGGGCCACAAGCCAAAGAUAGCCACCCAUGCUGAAUUUGAGCCUUGGAUUCGGAAGCACGGCAUUGACUUUGCGCCCGUUGAUGGUGAUCCUGCAGAACUGAUGCGGAUUUGCGUGGAGAACGGCAUGUUCACUUACUCCUUCCUCCGAGAGGCCUCUUCGAAAUUCAGAGGCUGGAUUGACGAUCUAUUAUCGUCUGCUUGGUCCAGCUGCCAAGGUAGUGAUCUUCUCAUCGAAUCGCCGAGUGCAAUGGCUGGAAUCCAUAUCGCGGAAGCUCUUCGAAUUCCAUAUUUCCGUGGGUUCACCAUGCCUUGGUCAAGAACUCGAGCAUAUCCACAUGCAUUUGCUGUACCCGAGAAUCGCAUGGGUGGCUACUACAACCAUCUCACAUACGUGAUGUUUGAUAAUAUAUUCUGGAAGGCAAUCGCCGGCCAGGUCAACCGCUGGCGCAACAAGGAGCUGGGGCUUAAAGCCACUAAUUUGGACAGGAUGCAACAGAACAAAGUUCCAUUCCUGUACAACUUUUCGCCUUCGGUGGUGCCACCGCCUCUUGAUUUUCCAGAUUGGAUUCGAAUCACGGGCUACUGGUUCCUAAGUGAGGGAUCAGAUUGGACUCCUCCGGCAGAGCUUUCGGAGUUCAUCAAUCGUGCCCGUGCCGACGGCAAGAAGCUUGUGUACAUUGGAUUUGGAUCGAUUGUGGUCUCAGACCCUGCUGCUUUGACCCGGACUGUCAUCGAGUCAGUUCAGAAAGCAGGUGUGAGGUGUAUUCUUUCAAAAGGAUGGUCAGAUCGACUAGGUGACCCCUCUAGUGCUAAGGUUGAGAUUCCACUCCCUUCAGACAUCCUACAGAUUCAAUCUGCGCCUCACGAUUGGCUCUUUUCGCAGAUUGAUGCUGCGGCCCACCACGGUGGUGCAGGAACCACUGGCGCGAGUCUUCGUGCAGGUGUACCAACCAUCAUUAAACCAUUCUUUGGUGACCAAUUUUUCUUCGGUUCCCGAGUUGAGGACCUCGGGGUGGGAAUUUGCAUGAAGAAGCUCAACGUCAGUGUCUUCUCACGAGCAAUCUGGGAGGCGACACAUAGUGAGCGAAUGGUUGUCAAGGCUCGUAAUUUGGGCAUACAGAUCCGUAGUGAAGACGGAGUGGCCACUGCUAUCCAGUCUCUCUACCGCGACCUCGAAUACGCCAAGACCCUUGCACGGCAACGCUCCAAUGCCUCAGCUACCCCAUUUUCACCAACUCCGUCCGCCAAAGCCUCUCCAGAUCAUGAUGAUGACAUAGACGACAUCGAGGAGUGGACAUUUAUCGGUGACGACACUGACAUGGACCUCACAAAACGAGUACGUGAGCGAGCUGCAUCAGCUGUUUCGGAUGUCGAUAAGAUGGCCUCCAGCAUGUUUCUCCCCACUUGA